AUGCCUCCCAAUGCUCAGCUCAAGGAGGUGAUGCGGGAUGCUGGUCCGUUGCCAGACCAAACCAAUCUUCCAUAUCCAGCUUCGACAAGACAGGCAGCCGGGGUGUUAGGUGGAGUGGAAACAGAGGUGAUGUCAGUCUCAUUUUCUGACAAAAUUUUGGUGACUAUAUCUCAAAAGCAGAUGUUGGGACAGUGGCUUCAUGUACCCUUAGAGAACACGAAUCCUGGGACCAACGGCUAUCAUACUCUUCCAAACCCAAACGAAGACGGGCUCCUUCCACUGGCUAACUUUACUGCGACAUCCGUCCUUGGUGCUCGCGGCUCUCAACGCGAAACCAUUGGCCAGCUCUUCGCAUGCCAGAUUGCGACUGCAAUCGUGACGAAGAAUCCAAAUGAAAAUAGGCUCCUUGUUGUGGGACUGGGUCUUGAGCAGGCUGAGCUUGAUCGCGAUAUCUACUUCGGUGUUAUCGAUCUUGUAUUGAAAUGCAUAUGAGUGAGAGCAAGGUGUUGUUCCGGACGAUGGACAUAAUACCCUCUCGGCUGGAGUCUUUGAAUGGCGCUUUUGUCAUUGUUUGAGGCACCGUAAGGGACAGGAAUAGCGCGGGGUCUACAGAAUUCUUGAGCGUCUUAUGACAAGAGAUUGUGGAGGUGACUUUUCCGUCAGCCAGUCUUCCCUAUCAUCUUGCCGUCUUAGAGAGGUUUCUCGGCGUUUCUGUUACCGUACAG